UAUAUUUUCCUCUUUCUUCAUUUCAGAUUCUUUGAUUUUUCAAAAAAUUUCUUCAAGUUGCGCCAUCCGAGGCGACAGAGAGGAAGUUGAAGUGAACUGAGCGCCUGAAAUCUAUUCCGGCGGCUUCUUGGAUACUUUUCCGGCCGGAAACCACCGCCGAUGGCCGGUUCUUACUAGCUAGACGAGUAUUGAAUCGAACCUAAUUCCUAAUAACGCGAUGGAGUGUUUAAUAAGAACGAAGGGAUAUUAGACUCAGAGACAGAGGCUAGGCAAUGAGAAAGAACUGAGAGUCAGUGUACCAACCAACUGGGUCUACAAAUUCUAAUUUCGUAUACGCGUCGUCGAGAAUUUUUCUUAAAGAAUGGAAGACGAGAACCCAGAAGCUUCUUCAAACAAAGUCCCCUCUCUUUCUCAGGUGGUAGAAGAGUUGAAAGAGCUGUGGGGUAUGACCUUACCAAUAACCACCAUGAACUUCCUGGUCUUUUUGAGGCAGGUGGUCUCUGUUUUGUUCUUGGGUAGAAUUGGGAGCCUAGAGCUAGCCGGCGGUGCACUUUCAAUAGGAUUUACAAACAUCACAGGCUAUUCUGUUAUGGUGGGUUUAGCCGCCGGGUUGGAACCCAUAUGCAGCCAAGCGUACGGUAGUAAAAACUGGGAUCUCCUCUGUCUCUCUCUGCAACGCAUGGUCCUAAUCCUCCUCACUGCAACCAUACCCAUCGGUCUUCUCUGGCUCAACCUCGACACCAUCAUGGUGUUUCUAGGCCAAGAUCAAGAAAUCACAAGGAUGGCGGCUAUUUACUGCAUUUAUUCUCUUCCAGACCUUUUAACAAACACCUUGCUGCAACCACUGAAAAUCUUUUUAAGGUCACAAAAGGACACGAAGCCCAUGAUGUAUUGCACUCUAGUAGCAGUUGGGCUUCACGUGCCUCUAAACUACGUGAUGGUGGCGGUGCUGGGCAUGGGAAUCCGAGGAGUGGCGAUGGCUUCGGUGCUGACAAAUUUGAACAUUGUGGGAUUGAUGUCAGGAUACGUGUGGGUGUGGGGGAGGAAGGGGGAGAUGAGAUGGACGGUGAAGAUUGGAGAGGUUUGUGGAGGCGUGGGGCCAAUGAUGAAAUUGGCUGUACCGAGUUGCUUGGGAAUAUGUUUGGAGUGGUGGUGGUAUGAAAUUGUGACAGUGUUGUCUGGUUAUUUGUCCAAUCCAACGUCGGCUGUGGCCGCCACUGGGAUUCUCAUCCAAACUACAAGCAUGAUGUACACUGUACCCUUGGCUCUCUCUGGUUGCGUCUCUACCAGGGUGGGGAACGAGCUGGGAGGUGGAAAGCCAAAGAAGGCAAAACUGGCUGCCAUGGUGGCGUUGGGAUGCGCGUUCCUGAUUGGCGGAAUGAACGUGACGUGGACGGUGAUUCUGAGGCGCACGUGGGCCACGCUUUUCACAGACGAUGCGUUGGUUAAAUCAUUGGUGUCCUCAGCCCUGCCAAUCAUAGGGCUGUGUGAGCUCUGGAACUGCCCGCAGACCACGGGGUAUGGCAUCCUACGCGGCACUGCCCGUCCUGCCGUGGGCGCCCGCAUCAACUUGGGUUCCUUUUACCUGGUGGGCACUCCAGUGGCUGUGGGCCUCGCCUUUGGGCUUAAAGUUGGGUUCGUUGGGCUUUGGUUUGGGCUGCUGUCGGCCCAGGUGGCCUGCGCUGUGUCCAUGCUCUAUGUGGUCGUGGCCAAGACUGAUUGGGAGGCUGAAGCUUUGAAGGCUAAGAAGCUCACUGGGUUGGAAAUGGCUGCCACUCAUGGCGCAGAAGAAGAAGAAGAAAGCAAGAAGCUGCUGGUUGAUGAAAACGGCCAUCAACAUUAUAUUUUCUAGAAACCACAACCAAAUUUUCAGAAGGGUUCUUUUUUUGGAUGUUGUAUAGUUUUAAUUGAUGGCCUGUUGUUGGUUGGGGUUGGGGUUGGCGUAGGCUUUAAAUUAUAGUGGUGCUGCUAUCAACUUUUCUUGCCUGUCAAAGGCUCUUUGGGGUUAAAUUUUCAUUUUUAGAUUUGUGUUUAAACUUAAUUUCAAGUCAGUUUCUCUA